ACUCCUUAUUCCUCAUCCAACAAGCAAUGGAGGUAGUAAGUAGUGAUAUCUCAGAAACGCUUCUAAAUUACGCAAAAUUGGAAAGAGAUCGACGUCAGCUAAACAACUUGGAAAUUAAACAGGCGAAUUGGCUCUCUCUGACCGAGGACCUAUCAGGAUACGGACUAUUUGAUGCUGUAUUCUGCAUAGGUAAUUUGUUAUGUUUCCUCGACUCAUCGCCAAACUUCGAUCAGUAUCGGCAAUGCUGCGAGAAUUUCAAAUCGAUGCUUAAGCCAGGAGGAAUUCUCGUCCUAGAUCACAGGAAUAUGGACGUCAUAAUGGAUGAAGGCCAACCAAUCAACAAGAAUAUAUACUAUGAGCAAAACGCUAUCAGUGGACUCACGGCUACUAUAACCCCUGGGAAGCAUGAUGUAGUGAAUGUGACGUACGACAUGUUACACUGUGGGCAAGAUGCCAAAUCAGACAAGAUCAUUCACAAGUAA